AUGACUUUUGCGUGUCGGGUUUUCAUGUGUUGGGCGGGUUACUCUGGGACUUUGUGCGGUUUGGUACUCACACAGGGACAAUGCGCAGUCGGGGCUGGGAUUACUUCAGGAGAGCCCACAUGCUUGAACCGCGGGAACGGCAUCGAGGUAUUCGACUCCCUGGACCGUGUCCUGGAGCACAUCAAGGGCCGACCCGCGGGCAGCAGCCUCAUUCUGCAGAAGUACAUCGAACGCCCCAUGCGGUUAGGGGGCCGCAAAUUUGACAUUCGAGCCUACAUCCUAGUUGGGCCCGAUGGCAGCAUGUGGUUUCACCAGGAGGUGUACAUCUGUACAUCAUGGGCUGUUACCGCUUCUGGCACCUUCGACAGUGCCAUUCCCGGGGGGGGGUUAACCGGAAACGUUAUGAUUGUACGGCCGUGGAACCAAGCAAAGCCAGUGGUCGACAAUAACGGUACGGCCGGGAUGCUGUACACGUGGGGCUGCGAGUUUUCAUGGAUGGAGGGUGGCAAGCGUGACAAGCACUACGGCUGUCUGGGUUUGGGUGAUGACACGGAAGGCCGGCUGGUGCCCACACGCGUGCAAGGCGACAUGGACAAGCACGGCGUCUUACAGGUCGACGGCAACCUGUUUGGCAUGUUUGUGGAGGAGGUAGCCUGCGGCAUGCGCCACGUGGUGGUUGUUGCUAGCAAAGUGCAGGCGAAUGGCCAGAUUCCUGACGACCAGCGACGGGUGCGGUUGCUGGCGUGGGGCUGCGGUGCUGAGGGACAACUCGGGUUGUGGGGCAUGACCACAUCUUCGGAUGCGCCGGUGGCGGUUCGUACAUCCCAGAAUGACCACUCGCUUCCGCAGUCGCGCUCCACGUCGGUCGCAUCCUACCAAUCCGUGGUCGGCGCCGUCGCCACUGGCGUCCGCGACGCCGGCAGCGCCGCGGCCUUCCAGCUCUCGCAGUCCCUGCCCAUCACUGUGGCCGCGGCGGGGUUGCAGUCACUACAGCAAAUGGUGACGGGCGGCUCCGGGCCGAGGUCCAAGGGCGGCAGCACGCCGACCGCGGCGCCGGAUGUGUCCUACCUGUACCGCAGGCGGCAAAGUCGCGUGGUUGGCAUUCCGCAGCUGACCGUUGGGCAACCGCGCAGCGACCACCAUCACCACCGCCACCGCUCCGAUCUGCGGCGUAGCACAACGCGCCUGCUGGCGAGCUAUCACGGGGGACUGCGAGGGCAUGCAUCGCAGAAGGCCUUGCCGUUGGAAAGCCAGGAGGGCCAGGGGUUGGAAGCAGGUACCAGCGCUGGCAGCGGCAUUGUGAGUCAGCGGUCAAGCUCGGGUAUGGGACAGCCAUCGGAAGAUAUUGACAGCAGUAGGUCGACCAGUCCCACGACCAGCAGUGCGCUGUACGGCGUGAACAGCGCAGACGGCGACUUCCACAUGAGUCGCCACCUGCACGGUACUGCCAUAGAGGUCCGCCAGCGCGCCAACUCCAUGGGCACCGUCGCGAACGGCAGCAGCACCGCUCUCGCAACGGCCCCCGCGCCGCCCUUUGGCCGGGCACUAGCGCGCCGCGGCAGCUCUGGAAACGCGGCUGAUGCCCAGUCGCUGGGCGGCACCAGCACCGGGGACACGCCGGAGACGGACACGGACUCGUAUGCACACGGCGGCAGGAGCUUGGACAUGGUUCCGGAGCAGAUGAAGUCGCCAACGGGGCCAGCAGCGUUGCCGCCACGACUAAGCAGGCUUGCGCAGCAGACGCCUGGCAGUGGGGCAGUAAUCGCUGCCGCACGGGACGACAGGCUGGCCGAGGCCGUGGGGUCAUCUGUCUCCACCAUGGAUUCCUCCUACACUGCUGAGGCCAGCGUCAGCAGCGAGCUCUCACCCUCGGGAAUCGUCACAACAAGCCCUGGCAUGCCUCAUGGUGUGCAGCUGCCCUACACAAUUUCUGAGGCGCUGCCGCCCAUCUCACCACCGGCGCCACAGCAGCAGCAUCUGCCUUUCGCCGCUCACCACACAAUGCCGCCCCCGCAGCAGCAGUACCAGCCCCAACCUCAACACCAGCCCCAAUAUCAACACCAGUACCAACUCCAGCAGCAUCAACAUCCACUCCAGCCUCAACACCAGCAGCUCACAACUUUGCAAGCUAGCACUUUGCCGCCGCCGCAGCAGCAGCCCCAACAGCCACAAGCGUGGCAUACCUCCCUAGGGCCGAUUCUGACGACUCAGGAGCCUAUGGCCAGGGCGCAGGUAGCGGCGAUGGCGGCUGGCGGCCCCGGGCCCGGCCCUUCCGGUCCUGGCAACAGCACGGGACGCAGCAGGGAGAGCAGCGCUUCCAUGUGGGCUCCACCGCUGCCAAUAGCAGUUGGGGGAGUUGCAAGCGGUCACGGCGCCAUGCGUGCGUACGGCGUGCACUCCGACGGCGCAGCGGCAGCGGUCGCCAACGCCGCCGUCGCCGUCGCUGGGCCCCAUGCUGCUGCUGUGAACAUGCCCGUUGGGCCAGGCUUGCAUUCGGGCGGCUCACGAGGUUCGCGUGGACAUUCCCGCCAUGCGUCGUACGACAGCAUUGACGUAAACUCGAGGGACGGUGACGGCGUCAGCCAACGCGGUAACAGCGGGGGUGUCGGCGGCGGUGCUGCCGUGGACGCACGUGCAACACCGUUUGUGUUGUACGGCGGCGGUGCCGCAGCCACCGCGCCGCCGCCACCUGCGCCGCUGCAGCGGAUUGCCGCCGACCCAACCUCUGACUUGUUGCAGCAGAAUUUGCAGCUCCAAAGGGAGUUGGAGCUCUUAAGACAGCAAGUGGCGCUAUUCACUCAAGUGACGGGGCUGGCCCCCGCCGCUCUUGCGGCUGCCGGCAUGUCGCCGACAAACACCUAUGGGCCGAGGCGGCGUCGGGCUCGAACAGCACGCCGGAUAGACAGCAGGUUGUUCGGAUGGGUUUCUUCGGGCCUGACCACUUGUUUGACCUACGUUACAAGAAGUGGUAAUUUCGCAUUCACGGCAUUCGUUAGGGCGCAGGCGGGUAGGUCUGAUGCUGAAAUCGUCUUCCCGCUGUUCAGCGGCCGCGUGUGA